AUGAAGAAACGCGAAAACAUUUCAUUCGUUAAGCCACAUGGAGAACAGGGAGAAGCCGACCAUGUAGCUGCACGGUUGUGGAUUCAUUCAGAAUGGCCAUCACUUAUCGCCAAAUGUCCUCCGUCUUGUGUGUUCAAUGCGGAUGAAACUGGACUUUAUUUCAGGGCAUUACCUGAGCACACUUACGCGUUCAAAAACGAAAAAACUAGAGGAACUAAAACUAGUAAAGAACGUCUAACCAUACUAUGUUGUGCGAGUAUGGAUGGUGAAAAAAGAAAACUGCUUGUGAUUGGUAAAAGUAAAAAUCCCCGGUGUUUCAAGGGUGUUAAGAAUCUACCGGUAGACUAUACUGCAAACAGUAAUGAAUGGAUGACAAAAGAAAUUUUCACCGAAUGGCUGAUCAAGUGGGUCAAUGAAAUUCAUCAUGACGUUUUAUUGCUAGUCGAUAACUGCACGGCUCAUGUGGUUACAGUGAAAUUUAAAUAUAUUAACCUCGUAUUCUUACCCUCUAACACUACAUCAAUCAUACAACCGUGUGAUCAAGGGAUUAUACGCACUUUUAAAGCAUAUUAUAGAACAAACAUGAGAAAGAAUGUGAUCAGUGUGAUUGAUGCUAACCUGGAACAAGAAUUAUGUACCUUACGUGCUCAUGAAAUCGCCAAAAAAAUAACUGUACUUGAAGGUGGUUUCAUUCUCAGUCCAAAAGAAGUUAAAGUUCCUGUUGAAAGACCCACUGACCUAUCAACUGAACUUUAUAAUGAAUGGAUAAAUAUUGACGAAGAAGUCCAAACUAUCGAAAUCGUUACCGAGGAAGAUAUAUGUGGUGAAAAACAGUCAAAACGGCCAAAAGAGAAUGUGGCUGGUGAUAGCGACGAAGAGGAACCUAAUGAAAAACCACCAUCAACUAAACAAAUGCUUGAAGCGCUUCAAAUAAGAGGGAUUCAGCAAAGAGGCGAUUUUGACGUAUUUAAGCAACAUAAAUCUUAUGAAGAUAUGAUUAUGAAGUUGGCUGAAGAAGAGAAAAUCCAAUCAACGUUAGAUGGAUUUUUAUCAAAAAAUUAA